AUGGGCAAUGAAUCCUCUACCUCGGUUGACGAGGCUACGCGCCCCAUCACACUCUAUGCUCGGAGCAUAGAAGCGGUAGCUCAGUACAUUCAAGAGAAGGACAUCAAGAACAUUGUAGUCAUGACUGGCGCGGGGAUCAGCACCUCUGCCGGAAUACCUGACUUUCGUUCUCCUGAUACCGGACUGUAUGCCAAUCUUGCGCGACUGAAGCUCCCGUACGCCGAAGCAGUCUUUGACAUCUCAUAUUUUCGAAAUAACCCAUAUCCGUUCUAUACCCUUGCGCAUGAACUGUACCCGGGCAAAUAUCGGCCGACGGUGACACACUCGUUUAUCAGUUUACUUCACAAGAAGGGCCGGCUGCUCAAACUCUUCACUCAAAACAUCGAUUGCCUUGAGCGUGAAGCCGGAGUUCCUGGGGACAAGAUCGUGGAAGCACAUGGUUCUUUUGCCACCCAACGAUGUAUUGAGUGUAAGACAGAGUUUCCUGGUGAUCGGAUGAAAGAGAUGAUCCAGAAAAAGGAGGUGCCGCGCUGUAUCGGGAAGACAUGUACUGGACUAGUAAAGCCGGAUAUCGUGUUCUUCGGCGAGGCUCUUCCAGAAUCAUUCCACCGCAACCGAAGUCUGCCUGCGAAGGCGGAGCUGGUGAUCGUCAUGGGGACCAGUCUGACGGUGCAGCCAUUCGCGAGUCUGCCGUCGUUUGUCAGAGAAGAAACACCGCGCGUGCUCAUCAACCUAGAAAGAGUAGGAUCGCUUGGUUCAAGGCUGGACGACGUCUUGUUGCUGGGAGACUGUGAUGAAGGUGUCCGCAAGUUUGCAGAUGCUCUGGGCUGGCGCGAUGAGUUGGAAGAGCUAUGGGCCAGCACUAACCCGAACAAGAACAAGAAAGACGCAUACGAGGCGCCUCCAAAAACAAGGCAGGAAAGAUUAGAUGAAGAGAUCGAGAAGCUGACAAAGGAUAUUGAUGCCACGCUCAAGGUCACUGCGGAGGCAAAUGAGAGGAUCAGGGCUGAACUUGAAAAGAGCGCGACGCAAAAACCACCGCCGUCUUCCAAUCCAUCGACCGACACUCCUUCAGCGCCCACAACUUCUUCCUACUUUGGGCUGAGUCAUGUCUAUCCUCAUCUGAAAGCAGACAAACUUGAAAAGCCAUCUCUUUAG